AUGGGGAAGACUGGGCAGAGUACAGUGGACUUAAACUCCCCAACAGAGGUCAAACAAGCAGUUCCCUUUGAGGAACUGGAUCCUGUGGCGCCCCCUGCAGACAAAAAGAAGAACAAAGAGGAGCCACCUGACAGGGGAAGCUGGAAGGGCAAGUUUGAUUUCCUGCUGUCAUGUGUGGGAUACGCCAUUGGUUUAGGAAAUGUCUGGAGGUUUCCUUAUCUGUGUGGCAAGAAUGGAGGAGGGGCCUUUCUGAUCCCGUACUUUAUGACCCUGGUGUUUGCUGGGAUACCUCUUUUCUUCCUGGAGACGGCUCUGGGACAGUUCACCUCAGUGGGAGGACUGGGAGUGUGGAAGCUCAUCCCAAUGAUGAAAGGUGUUGGUCUGGCUGCAGUGGUGCUGUCGUUCUGGCUCAACAUCUACUACAUUGUCAUCAUUGCCUGGGCUCUCUACUACUUAUUCAACUCCUUUGGUUCGGAGCUGCCUUGGCAAAGCUGUGAUAACCCCUGGAACACAGACGACUGUUUUUCCAACUACAGUCUGACAGACACCACCAACUUGACCAGUGCCGUCACUGAGUUCUGGGAGCGUAACAUGCACCAGCUGUCCAGUGGUCUGGAGGAGCCAGGAGAGCUACGCUGGCCGUUGGUGGGCACGCUGGCGCUGGCGUGGGUCCUUGUCUACUUCUCAAUCUGGAAAGGAGUGGAGUGGACGGGGAAGGUAGUGUAUUUCUCAGCCACCUAUCCCUACUUCAUGCUGUUCAUCCUGUUCUUCCGAGGGGUCACCCUGCCUGGAGCUAUGGAUGGGAUCCUCUUCUACAUUACUCCAGACUUCAAGAAACUCAUUGGAUCUGAGGUGUGGCUGGAUGCAGCAACUCAAAUCUUCUUUUCCUACGGUCUGGGCCUGGGCUCGCUCAUCGCACUGGGAAGCUACAACCCGUACAACAACGACGUCUACAAGGACUCCAUCAUCGUGUGCUGCAUCAACUCCUGCACGAGCAUGUUUGCCGGCUUCGUCAUCUUUUCCAUCGUGGGCUUCAUGUCCUACAUCACUAAGAAACCUGUGCAGGAAUUAGCAGCAUCAGGUCCAGGUCUGGCUUUUUUGGCUUAUCCUCAGGCCGUCACCCAGCUGCCCAUGUCCUCUCUGUGGGCCAUCCUCUUCUUCUCUAUGCUCAUGAUGCUGGGCCUGGACAGUCAGUUCUGCACAGUGGAAGGUUUCAUCACAGCUCUGAUGGAUGAAUAUCCCCUGGUGCUGAGGAAGAGGAAGAAGGUCUUCAUCCUCAUUGUCUGCCUCAUCUCCUUCAUCAUCGGCUUCUCCAACAUCACACAGGGUGGUCUGUACGUGUUCAAGCUGUUUGAUUACUACUCCGCCAGUGGGAUGUGUCUACUCUUCCUCGUCUUCUUCGAAACCAUUUCCAUAUCUUGGUUAUAUGGAGCUGAAAGGUUUUAUAAGAACAUUGAAGACAUGAUCGGCUAUCGGCCAUGUGGCUGGUGGAAGCUCUGUUGGAUGAUCUUCACGCCGCUGAUCUGCCUGGGGGUGUUUACCUUCAGUGCCAUCGAGAUGACCCCUCCGACCUUGGGGAAGUAUGUGUACCCGCUGUGGGGCCAAACGAUUGGCUGGUUCAUGGCUUUGUCUUCUAUGGUGCUGAUCCCAGGCUACGUCAUCUACAUAUUUUGCACCAGCAAGGGCAGCAUCAAACAGCGUUGGCGGAAGAUGACAACUUCCCAGGAGGAUGAGAAGCCAUCGGGGCAUGAAGAAUUUACACACACUGGGAGCGUGGGCGAAGCUCCGGUCUAG